CAGACGCAGUAUCAUUCCGUCCAGGUCAAAUUCUGCUGGAGGUACAAUUAUGGAAAAAACGUUUAAGUGUGAUGACUGCAUUAUCAUCACUAUACCUCUGAUAAGGGGCAGACAUGGUGAAGUCCAGCAGAUGCCUCCUGAGAAGUUCCACUGUGUGUUUAAAGAUACAUACAAGGUCUUUCUCAAAGGACAGCCGAAAGCCUUGGGGACGGUGCAGAUUGUCACAGCUUUACUUAUCAUCGGCCUAGGACUGCUGAGGACAGAGGACUUUGCCUUGAUAGCUUUAUACACUAUCCCCAGCAUCCUGUUUGUAGCAUCUGGAUUGGUCACAUAUGCUGCAGCACAGUCACCAAACAUGUGCAUAGCAAAAUUUUCAUUCUCACUCAACAUCAUGAGCUUCUUUGGUGCCAUUGUUGCUUUGGUGCUAUGCUGCAUUUUGUCAAUGAAUCCUUAUGCACUGCAUCGCAUAUAUAAGUUAUCUGCGGGGAUUGAUGUAAUGAUUGCAAUUCACCUGUUCCUGGAGAUAAUUAUUGCUGUGGUUUUAAUUUUCUGGGAGAGUAAAGCAGUUUGCAGAAAUCACUUCAACAUACUGCCUUUGAUCAACUUUAAAUACAUGGAAGCCUGAAAGUUAUUAGUUCUGCAAGAUGCAUGUUAAUCAUGACAACUGCCAUAUGGCAUAGUGAAGUACUGAAUGUAAAUAUGCAGCGUAGUAUGUGACAUUAUGGUUUUACAGACAACAUAAAGUAAAAAAUAGAAGUCAGGAAUUUCCCAGAAUGUACUAUAUAUACAUAUGUAUAUAUACACACACAUAGACACACACACACACACACACACAUAUAUAUACUGUAUAUAUAUACAUAUUGUACAAUUUAAUUUUGAAUAAUGAAUGAUGACAUGAACCUGGGGUUUUUACUGUAUUUGAGGAAACUGCUCAUUUUUAAAAUUAU